AUGAAGGCCGCCCUGUGCGUGCUUGCUGUGGUGGCCCUGGCCGGCCUCUGCGCUCUCACCAACGCUCAAAGCCCACCGGAAGGCAUUGUGCUUGGCGAUGAGCUGACCUCCACGGAGUUCCUCAACACCGUGAACCUGGACAACUGUGCGGAGCUGACUGACUCGAGCGCUGGCUACUACUUUGAGGGCGGAGCCGCGACGGGUCUGACCCGCGACCGCUGCUCUGUUGGUGGUACCUGCCAGUGCCGCCAGUUUACGGAUGGCUGCGACAACGGAAACUGCGUUCGGGUGUGGCCGUGCACGGUUGAGGGCGGUGGUAUCAGCAGUGCCUGCCAAGCCAUCACCAACUGCACCCAGACCGUCUUCGAGACCAUCAUGGAGGUUGAGGUUGAGUGCAACCGCCAGAACAUGACGGACAAGGACGAGGCAGACCUCGAUGAGUUUGGCGCCAAGUGGAAGCAGGCGCUUGCGGAGGACUGCAACAUUGGCCGCGUGUGCCGGUACAACGGUGAUUCGAGCGACACGAUUGAUGUUGUUGCAUACAACCUGUUCCGCACGUACACGCUGAACGAGGCCCAUGUUGACGACAUUGACGCAUGUGCCGCAGACACGCUGUUCCGCUUCAACCGGUGCACGGUGUUGAGUGCUCGCAGCUGGCCUUCCCCCGACUUUGAGACGUUUGCGGACUGCAUGCUGUCGUACAGCCACUACUCUGUGUCUGCGCGUGACCAGCUGUACUCGUGCGAGUGCGGCAACGUGACCUCGUCCACGACCUUCGAUGAGAUCCAGGACAUCUUUGAGUGCUACCGGUUCUGUGCUGCCAACACGGCUGAUCGCAACUGCGACUAUGUUGUGACGACAACGUCAACGACCACGACAACCACAACGACGACUACUCUUGAGUGCCCGACCGUGGAGACUCCCGAGGCGCAGGUUGUGUACGAGUUCAUCACCUUUGGCAUCUCUGCGCCUGAGGGCAAUGAGGUUCGCUGUGUCGGUUACGCUGACGGCGGCCUUGCCUCGUACGAGAACGUCACGACAGACAUGGAGGACUUCUGGACGGUCCCUCUGUUUGACGGCGCCUACGGUGGCGACUACUUUGCCAUUGCAGACAACUCGACCGGCUCUGCUCAACUUCUUGUGACGGACAACCUGAAUGACACAUACACGCACGUGUGCAGUGCGCGCCCUGCUGGCAGCAGCCAGCUGUGCCCACUUGUGAUGACGGACCCCACGUCCUCCUCCACUGUCGCAUAA